AUGCAAUUCAAGGUCGUCAAUGAUUUAAAUAAACAUAGUGGGACUAUUGAGAAGAUGAUGGAUAGUCUUAACCAAAAUUCAAAUGAUAUUAAGCGGUUGUCAAAUAAUCUUGACGUGGUAAAUGACUCUCUAACUAAAGUUACCUUGGCUCAAGAGUCAUCAGCCAAUGACAUUAAUAAGGUCAUGAAACAAUGUUCUGCACAUGCUACUUCGAUCACUGCGAUUGAAUCAAGGCUAAGUUCGCUUGCUGGUAUACCUUCUACUUCAAAAUCCUCUCCAAAUGCUUCUUCUUCUCUGCUUCUUGUCUCAGGUAUUCCAAACCAAGUUAUGUCUAACACAACUCCGCAAGAUAUUGUUCAUCAGGUUUUCAGCAAGUUAAACAUCUCUAAUCUUGAGAGUGAUGUCUUGAGUGUGCGUGAAUUAAAGGGCAGAAACAUUUCAACACCAAAUAAAUCACAAACCAUACGGCAUUCCCUUGUCCUAAAUCUGAAGUCGUCUCAAGUGCGUGACCAUAUUCUAAGUGUCAAACGUCAGUAUCGAAAAUUGCUAGCAAAGGAUGUCUUUGCAACUAAUGAAAUCACGACAGGAGAACUAAUCUAUCUUAAUGAAUUUUUGAGUUCUGAAACCUACAAAUUGUUAAAAUCUACCAAGACUAAAGCUAAAGAGCUCAACUAUAAGUAUGCCUGGGCUUCCCAAGGUGCCGUGUAUCUCAAGUCGAAUGAUGAAUCGCCUAAAAUUCAAAUUCAUUCGGUUGAUGAUUUAAAUCAACUAGAAUAG